AUGGUAUGGGCUACGGACUGCAUCGUCGGCACUUCAAAGAGAUAUCAUGUAACAAUAACAGAAUCUAUUUUACACACUUCAGUGACUACAAAUGGGGUGUUCAACGAUAAAAGUGCUACUAUUUCCCAUAGGGAUGCAUUGUCGGUACGUCAAAGGGAUUUAAAUGAUAUCAAUAGCAGGGCUACCGCUGCGUUUGUCGGCAAUAUGGUUACAGUGACAUCUAUGUCCAGUAAAGAGCGAUACACGUCAAACGAGCCGCCAUUCGCCUCGCCAACCCUAACUAGACACUAG